UGUCGGUCCACAACGUGAGUCACAUAUUGCCCUGCCCCUCGUCAUCGAGACGAGGCUCAUCGAUAACCCUCACCACGACGUAUAAUUUAUUUCCAUGCUAACUUGAAUUAGAAUAUGGUCAAGGGAAGCGGAAAGUCGUCUGCUAGCUCAGCAACGCGCAAGAAGCACGCUCAAAAACAGACCCGAAAAACUGCAGGGACAGACGAACAAGAACCACAAGAACCGAAGGUGAAGAAAGAAAAGAAGGAAAAGGGGAAGAAAAAGGAACUACGACCCAAGGUCUUUAUUCCUCCAGUCAAGCCGGCACCUGUGCAACCUGAUCCUCUUGAAACAACUGGUCUCGCACAUCAACUUCCGCCAGAGUUACUGGUCUCACUGCGGAGCCUAUCCAAAAAGUACACCGUAACAAAGCAGAAAGGAUUAGAGGAUCUGCAGUGUGGUUGGGUCGAAAAGUUUCUGAAGGGAGAAGCUCCCGAGAACGAGUAUGUGCUGGUCGAUAUGUUGCCUGUUUGGCUGCAUCAUCUUCCGUCUCUUUUCAUUCACCCAUCUCGGCGGAUACGAUUACUUACAGCAACGUUGCACGAUGCGCUCUUCCAAGUUUCGGCGGUGAAAGACCAAAUCAUAUUUUCAUUGACGGAAUCCUUGGAUGAAGAUCAGAUUUCGAGCAUUAUUGGCUCAUGGUGCAUUGCAGUACACGAUAUUGACCAAGUCGUAGCGAAUGCAGCGGUGGCAUCAUGGCGAAAGCUCAUGUCGGCAUUGAACGAUGACAAGACAGCGGAGAUGAUACCGUUUCUACGUUCGUUUGUUCAACGAGCUGCGUUAGACCCGAAUGGGACCUACUUGUACCUCAACCCCCCAGCGCCAGUAGCACUUCCUCCUCCUCCAUCGAAGAAGGCCAUUUUGGCAGGACGAUCGAAUCCCUCCAGAAGUAAUACUCCAGACGUCGACUCUAGAUCAAAGGCAGAAGCUGUCGAGGAAACAGAACAAGAUAGGAUGGCGAGGAUUCGAGUUGGAGCUUUUGGAUCUAUAAGAUGGUUGUUAGGUCUGUAUCUGCGAUUUUUGUCACAACUUUAUUCACUCUUCUCUCUUGUCAAGACAACCACAGUACGAUAUCGUCCUUCACAUCGUUUUUUGACAGUCCCGCCCUUUGGUCAAGUCUAUAUCCUGCAGAACGCUGUUCGUUUUGGGAUGGAGGGUCUUUCGGUUUCGGGCAGCCUAACGUCAGGAAGAGCGGCUGGAUAUUACUACAAGCGUUAUUGCGGGCGCUAAAAGGACUUGCCGACCACCAGAAGACUCUUUUGUCAACUCUGGGCACGGCCGUUCUACGCUCAGCAUGGAUUGAGCGGGACAGGACUGUUCAACAGAAUAUGUGGCAGCCACUACUUCUCUUUCUAAAAGAAUUUCCGCAGUCCUGGAAGAUCGAGGUAGAAAGCGAAUCGGAUGAUGAAGACGAAGAAGAAAACAAGCCAUCCAGGCAGCUACGCUCCUCUCUUGCAUAUGCCGAAUUCCUUCAAUUCCUCCAGUCAGGAUGUGGUGGCUCGCCAAUACAAGGCUAUCCAACGGUAGUCAUCAUCCUUUCCACAAUCCCUUCGGAGACCCUCGCAUCACCAACACAUUCACUCGAUGAGUUUUUUACCUCAUUCUGGGCAGCUAUCGAUGGCCGUGCAUUAAGCUCUUUGGAAAGAUCGGCCGCAUGCGCUCAGUUCUUAUCCGCGUUUCUGGAGUGCUUAGUAUUUUUGGUGAAACGGUCGUGGCGGGAUAAGGAAAGGACCGAUGGCAACGUCCAGUCGUUGUUCCCUCAUGCUUCCAGUCCGACGGAAGUCGAUGGUUCUGUUAAGGUUAUGGUGAAGAAACAGCUGGAACGAGUUUGGACGGAACUCGAAUCAUUUGCGUUAAAGGUUGAAGAGAAAGUGGCUAGCGAGCAGCUUUGUAGGACUUUGGAACACUUGGGAAAGAUCGAUGCGGCGCUAUGGCAAUCGUCUUGGGAAGCUUUAUCGGACUUCAUCAGGCAUUCGUUUAUGAAGGCACCCACGUUAGUCUGUAGUGUCGUCGCUGCACUCUUGAACGCCGAAGGGAAGCUCAGGGAGGCUGGCCACGAACUCUUGCACAAAAUCGUGGGCCAAGCUCUCCAUCAGUAUCAGGCAACUUUGGCCGCUGUACAAGAGCCUGAAAUGCAGCAGAAGGCCAAACCACUGACGAAGUUCUUUGUCUCCGCUUUUGAAUUCCUUGGAGAGGAGUUGCGCAAAGAUUCAGUGUUAUGCGAGAACAUGGAUCAAUUGGCGACACGAAAUGCAUAUACCUUACUUUUCGCUUCAGAAGUUAAACAUUCGUUCCUACUCGCAUAUCUCUCGUCAAAUCUAGUUGCAGAGGAGAAAAGGCAGAGGUGCUGGCAGCAUCUUCUCGCAGAGAUCUCUCUCUAUCCGGAUGCUCUGGUUCUCAACUUGUCGCGAACCCUCGAUGCGUUGGAUGCGGACGAUAGGCUACAUAACCUCAGGCCUAAGGCCGACGAGUUGGAUUCCUUGGUUGGAAGAUUUCUGAUUGAAGCCCUUGGAGAUAGUUUUGGACAUGUACCCCUCAUAAGAAGGAUAUUGAAAAACCCGAGACCUCUCCUCUCCGACAGUUGCCGUCUCGAGCUAUCUCAAAGCCUUGCGUCUUCUUUUUCACUCCUACUUGAUAAUGCAUUGCACGAAGAGGACGUUUUGAUAAGUAGCUUUGACGUCGUGCUGGAUCUCCUUGCCAUCGUAUUGCAGAACGAGCGCGGAAACGGAAGUCUUGCCCCUACCGUGUUACCGGAAGUCUUCGUGUUCGCGCACCUCCUAUCAAAGUUCCACGAUCCUUCACCUGCGUUGAGUACGGCACGAAGGAUAUGGGAAGAAUGGAAGAAAGAAACGGAUGGAGGCAAUGAAGCAGUGAAUGGUCAGAUCGUAGAAAGAUUACGGAUCAUAUUGGCGGAUGUUGAUUCACGGUCAUUGCCAGAACAUAUCAUUCAAGCCUCCAGAUCUCUUCCCUCUGUCGAUCCCCUUCUUGGCCUCCUACCAUCAGAAGCCGAUCUCAACCGCAUGUUGGAUAGCCUGGCUUCAGACCCCAUUCAUCACAGCUUAGCGGUUCUCGAACCUCUGAUACCUCCUCCGUCCAUGUUUUUGGAGGAGUCGUUCUCACCUCCCUCAUUCGACUCUCACGGCCAUUCCCACUAUGCACGCCUAGUAACCGCCUUGAUCUCUAUUAUCGUCGAAGAUCGUCAAACAGCCAAACAAAACGUUUGGAUUCUUCGACAUCUUUUUGCGUUUUCAAUAUACGCUGAAGAUCUGAUCAAUUUCCCUGCUGGUCGAAGCCCGUUAUUCUCUAAAACCGCGAUCGAUUUUGAAUUGGGCGAUUUGGUCUCGAAGGUUCAUCAGAUAACGACAUAUAUACUGUUUACGUCUGGCAAUGAAACAAAGGAUGCUUUGGAGGUUCUGACCGGGAAGUCGAAGGUAGAAACUGCUGGAUUGACGAAGUUCAUUGUGGACAUGAUUAAGGUGUCUCAGGCUACGGAGACCAUCAGAGAUUUCCGCGUGUUGUGUCGCGUCCUGCAUCAUGUAUUUGAUGAUGUUGAGAGGAAUGAAGCUGAGCAGUGGGCUGCGUUCGCGAGGAGUAUCGAAAGAACUGCCCCAAACACUUCCAUCGCAAUCAUGUCUUUAAUCAACGCUUUCGGCUCUGAACCCCCUCGACUGGAGAGAUACCGAAAUGAACUUGCUGCUUUGUUGACGGGUGUUCGCGCUUCGAAUGUUGAUACUGAAGGGUUGAUGAUUCUUCGUAAAUUGGCAGCUGUAGCUCCCCCGGUCGACUCGGAUGUGGUUUUCUUACCCCAACACAGAGCUGUGAACGUCAUCAAAACAUUCCAACAGUGGGUUACAUCUGACGAUGACGACGUUGGUGAAGACGUUGAAUGUGCAAUGACCCUGGUUUUUGGGCAUCUCACCCCUAUUCUUCAGCAUGUUGCGGGUAAUCAUUGGGCGUUCAUUUUUGAUGUGGUUGAGAACAAUCUUGAAAAUUCUGAGAUGUCGAACGCCUCUACACUAGUUACGCUGGCGAGGACACUGAAUCUGAUCACCUUGAUACAAGACCUCGCGUCCACGAAUAAAGCUUUGCGCGUUGAAUGGCGAGAGCGAGAGUCUUCUAUACUGACCGCGGUGAGGGAUUUCGCUGCCUCGCAACUAGAUUCUCAAGCUCCGUCAGCUCCAGCAUCUGCAUGCCGCGAGCUUAUUCUUUCGAUUGUUCAGAACCUGCCUUCAAACCUAGUUGACCACGAAAGUCUUCCCAAGAUGUGUCAUCUUCUCUCGGACCCUUCCCUGGACGUUCAAAAGAUGGCGUAUAAGCUACUUCAACAGGUGGCUAAGAAGCGAACGGAACAUUUCGUGGUCGAAGCAGGUGUGGAUACGGAGGACAAGUUCAAGGCUGAACUACCUCAUGAACUUUUGGUCGCGCUUCAACAACAGAACUCCGACUUCAAUCUUAGUGAAACUGAUCAGGAACAGAACAUGUUCGGGUAUCUCUUGGGAUGGAUGUUGUUAUUCGAUUUGUUCAUUGACACAUCGAUGAAAGUCCGCUCUGGCUAUAUCGAACACCUCCGGAAUCUGGAGAUCAUUCCGACAUGCUUUAUACCGACUAUAUUUGCGCUUCUCGACCUUGACAGCGGGGGUGCCAUCAAGGCGUUCAAGUUGGAUGUAUGGGAGGUGGAGGAAUACCAUGUUGCCUACUACGAGCCUGGGGAACCUUUCAGUCUUCCUGUACUCGCUGCGCAUCUGUACUACCGUGCACUUCUUACGGUACCUUCCAUAUUCUACAGCUGGGUCUUGGAUUGCAAAGAUGCUCAGCUAUCAUCCGCCAUUGAACAGUAUACCUCGACGCACUUCUCCCCUGCUAUCAUUAAUACCGAGCUUGACCAUGUCAAAGGUGCUGCGGAUCUUGCAGGAGACGAGAAUCUUUCUAUCAAAGUUGCCAACUCGGUCAACGAGGUCGCUGCUACUUAUUUAGUGGAUGAGCAUCAGCUGGAGAUAAAGAUCAGGAUACCCAACGACUGGCCUUUACACCGAAUUGAAAUCCGGGACAUCAAGAUGGUUGGUGUGGACGAGAAACGUUGGAGAGCAUGGAUUUUGGCGGUACAACAAAUCUUGUGGGCUCAAAACGGAAGGAUAGCGGAUGGAUUGGCGUUGUUCAAGAAAAAUGUGGCUUUGCAUUUCGAAGGGCAGGUGGAGUGCGCGAUAUGUUAUUCGAUCAUUAGUGUCAUGGACGGAAGUCUACCCAAGAAGCCGUGUAGGACUUGCAAAAACCGAUUCCAUGCAGGGUGUUUGUUCAAGUGGUUCAAUACAAGUCAUUCUUCCAGUUGCCCGCUUUGUCGGUCAGAUAUUCUGCAUUAACUGCUUGUAGUCCCAUCAUUGUAUGAUAUAGACCGGUAGUGAAUUAUAUACUAUAUACAUGUAUCGAUAGUGCAUGAUGUACAUGUAGUCCUUCAAAGCGUCCAAAAGCGUCACAUUUGUGUGACAAACGCA